AAUUUGAAUUUGAAGAAUGUCUUCGUGACUCUCCAAGUUUUAGAACUAAAUUGGAGGAAGUUGAAAGUGAUAUCGAUCAAUUAGAACAAAAAUUAGAUAAAGUUUUAAAACAAUGUAGUCAAAUGAUUGAAUCGGGUAAAACUUUUGUACAACAUCAAAGUGGGUUUACAAACACUUUAUGGGAUUUAAGUAUAUAUUUUAAAGAUGACACUGAAGUGGUUGCUUCGCUAAACAAAUUAAUUCACGCACUCCAAGAAAUGAAUAAAUUCCAACAGAUUCUGGUCGAUCAAGCAUCACGCACUAUACUAAAAAAUGUAUCAGCUUUUAUUCGAACUGAUAUUAAAAAUGCCAAAGAAAGUCGACAUUAUUUUGAAAAAAUAUCCGGCGAUUUGGACGUGGCACUUGUGAGAAACUCUCAAGUACAAAAAAGUAAAGUACAAGAAGUGGAUGAAAUACAAAAUUUAUUGGCUGCAACUCGAUCAUGUUUUGGACAUACAACAUUGGAUUAUGUACAUAAUUUAACAAUUUUACAAGCGAAAAAACGCCAUGAAAUUUUAAGCACGCUUUUAUCGUACGUUUACGCUUGUUGUACGUUUUAUCAUCAGGGGAGUGAACUGUGCGAAGAUUUAAAUCCAUUUUGUAAGAAAUUAUCUGAUAAUAUUGCAGAAAUGCGUGGUAAUAUUAAACAGAUCGAUAAAGAUAUGGAAAAUCGACAUUCGUUGGUGUCGUCAACAGAAAUAAUACCAAAGAGAACAUCGAAUGCUGUACAGGGUGCACCACGCAUGGAAGGUUAUUUAUUUAAACGUACAUCGAAUGCAUUUAAAACGUGGAAUCGACGUUGGUUCUAUCUGUAUGAUAAUCAAUUGGUCUAUCGAAAACGUUCUGGGGAUCAACAAGUCACAAUUAUGGAGGAUGAUUUACGAUUAUGUUCUGUUAAACCUGUUCAUGAUGGCGAACGACGAUUCUGUUUUGAAGUUUUGUCACCCUCCAAAAGUCACAUGUUACAAGCUGAUUCAGCAGAAAUGUAUGAUUUAUGGAUAAGUUCGAUGCAGAAAGGGAUUGGUGCAGCCAUACAACGAUUAUCCACACCAAAUGAAACGUUAAAUAUCGAAAAUAUGGAACUGAAAAAAGCAAAAAUGUGGGAGCAAUUAAUUAAAAUACCAGGAAAUGAUGUUUGCUGUGAUUGUGGUGAUCAAAAUCCACGUUGGGCUAGUAUUAAUUUAGGAAUUACAUUGUGUAUUGAUUGUUCGGGAGUUCAUCGUAGCUUAGGUGUACAUUAUAGUAAAGUGCGUUCAUUAACGUUAGAUGAUUGGGAACCAGAAAUUGUUAAAGUUAUGGCAGAAUUAGGUAAUACAAUUGUUAAUAAAAUAUACGAAGCUAAUGUGCCACCAGAUUUUACUCGACCGUCUGCCACCAAAUGUUCGGGGAAUGUACGGGAAAAUUGGAUAAAAGCGAAAUAUGUUGAAAAGAAAUUUGUAAAAGAUUUAAAAUCAAUUACACAAAUGACAUCAAAUGAAGGUCAAUCGCGUGCGUCUCGUGGUAGUAUGUCAAUUAAAAAAUGGAGUGUACGAAAAUUACGACGUCGACCAAAGAGUCGUGAUAAGAAAUUAUCAUCACGUCAAUCAUCCCAUGCAAAUCUAACCACAUUACAAAAAAUUAAAGAUGAUAAAACCAGGCCGAAUCAUGGAGAUGAUGGUGAUGAUGAAGACGAUUCUAAAUCGGAAUCGGGUAUAUCUGUGAAUAAUGUAUCCGAACAUUCAGAACGGAGUAUGGACGAGACGACAACAUCACCAGGUCAGACUGAAGAUGACGCUGAUCAGGCUCGAAUACAACGAUCUAAUGAUAUUUUGUUAUUUGGCUGUGAUUUUCAACAACAACCAAUAUUAGCUGAUCCAAUUGAUUUGAGCAGUGAUCAAGAUUCAACUGGCGGUGAAGAUGAUGAACUUGUUGAUGAAGAAGAUAUUUCAAAAUUAGAUCCAAAUUUAUUACUAUAUAAAGCGGCUGCUGCCCAUAAUUUACCAAUAAUGUGUGAGGCAUUCUCAUUUGGAGCGGAUAAAUUAUGGACAAAUGCUGACGACCAUGGACGUAACGCUUUACAUCAAGCAAUAUUUAGUGGUUCAGUAAUGUCUUGUGAAUAUUUGUUAUUAAAUGGUGCCAAAAUUAAUAUAACGGAUGUGGAUGGUAGGACACCGUUACAUUUAGCUACGGAAUUAGGAAACACCGCUCAAGUUUGUUUGUUGUUAAAACAUCGUGCCAAUCAACAUCUAAAAGAUUGCCAUGGUAUUGAACCAUUGGAUAUUGCUGUGAAACAAGCGAAUGCUGAUAUUGUUACUUUGUUACGCUUAGGACGAUUAAAUGAAGAAAUGAAAGAUUCAGAAAUGGGUGGAACUGGUGAUGAUACAUUUAAUGAUGUUGUACGAGAUUUUUCACAUUUAGCAUGUUCUCAUCCUGAACGAUUACAACGCUCACAACCGCAACAACAGUCACAAUCACGUAAUACCAACAACGAUGAUCACAAUUAACGCCCCCCUCCCUCUCCUGAUCGUCCACCACAAGUUUUAUUACUUACUAUUAACUUUUCUUUUUACUUAGAUGACGUGCGAUUAAUUCGCGCGUUUAAUUUUUUCUAUUAAACGAAAAAAACACACAUCGACUUAAAAUUAUUAAUAAUUUUUUUUUUCUAAUUUUUUUGUUAAAAAUUUUAUAUAGAAAAAGUAUUUUUAAGGUCUAGGAGCCAGCGUAGUAUUUCACAAUCAUUUCAGAAUGAUUAGAAAUUUUAAAAGCUGCUGUUACAAGUCGUGCUUACCAGCUUUUUUAAAUACUAAAAUUUUAUAGUCAUGAAUUUGUUGUUUAAAAGUGGUUCGGCUAUUUGAGCAAGUACGAUGAAUGUUCAUUUUUUGUUCCUUGAUCACAAUAAACACAGUUUUGGGGCGUCUUGUUGGGCAAAAUUUUGAAUUAUUUCAUGAGAAGCGCGCUACAGCGGCAAGACAGAGACAGCUGUGUGUCCUUGAAUUUGAUAAAGGGUCACAGUCACACUUAAAUCAUGUGUUAGUCACACUUAAGAAUUAAAAUUAAGUAUUAUUCACUUAAGAUUUAAAACAACUUAACCAACCAUUUGCCAAAAAAAUAAAUAAAUAAAUAAAUAGUCAGCUUUAUUAUGGAAUAUUAGAUCUGUACCAUAAUUAUUAUCAAAGUGCAUUUCUGCUUAUGGUCAACUCAUUUAUUUUUAAGGUAGUAUGGCAGAGCAGUAUCGAGGU